AUGUCCAUUCACAUCAAGGAUUCCGACGACCUGAAGACAAGGCUGGCGGAGGCCGGCGACAAGCUCGUCGUGAUCGACUUCAUGGCGACCUGGUGCGGACCGUGCAAGAUGAUCGGGCCUAAACUGGACGAGAUCGCCGCCGAAAUGUCAGAUUCCAUCGUCGUUGUGAAGGUGGACGUUGAUGAGUGCGAGGACAUCGCCAGCGAGUACAACAUCAACUCGAUGCCGACGUUCGUCUUCGUUAAGAAUGGCAAGAAACUGGACGAAUUCUCUGGCGCUAACGUCGACAAACUCAAAACAACUAUCCUUAAACACAAGUAAAUAGAGACUAAAGUUGUACGCAGCCGCCGAUGGAAACUAAAUGGAAUUAAAAAAAAAAACAUGUAUACGUUUUUAAUAAAUGAAGAAAAAAUGUUUUUAACGUCUGUAAUGAAUUUGAAGAUAUUAAUUUUUAGUGUUUGCAGCCUCUGGAAUGCAAAAAAUAUUGGUUCUGUUGUAAUCAAACAAUUCAAUAAAUAAAACUAGAUAUUAGUUAAUAAUUUACAACCCAAACUGUAUUUCUAUUUUGGUUUUUUUUAAUCAAGUGGUUGCUAAGGAACUUUGAUGUAUGAAUUGUUAUGUUUUUUAUUUUUUAUUUUUGUCCGGCUUACUCAAAUGUAUAAUCUCACCAAUACUAAUCAAUGUGUAAGAUAAGUUUCCAUCGUGCUUUUAAAAACUUUUGUAAGUAACAAGUAUCACAAUGUUUUUUUUUUUAUGUUAUGCAAGUAGAAGCAUGUUUUUUUAACGCCGUGCUUAUGCGCUUAAGGUCAGCGUACAACUAGUACAUACCCGUAUGGUUUCUGUGUAUUUUGCAUUAUAUAUAAAAAUAUGUAUGUUACAGAGUAUUGUUACAUUGAUAAAAUUUAUGAAAAAAUAAA